AUGUCGAGCUCUUUAGCUGGAGUUUCUUCGACUUCCCUCGAUACCCCGAAUCUGUCAUCAACGACCAUUCGCAACGCCAGCUCUGUUUCCAUUGGCCCUUCCGAUGUCCCCCUUUCUUCUUCUACCAGUACUUCUCCCGCCGACUCAACACAGAGACCGUUGACAUCGAGCCAUGGUGUCAUAGAAGCCGCCUCCAGUACCGCCACAAGUUCGUCUCCUCGGACCCCUACCACUACGGCUUCGGACAUGACGACGAAGGAGACUAUUGGGGAGACUCCAACAGCAAUUCCUACGGGUGGAAGCUUGACAGCAGAAGACGAGACACCUACUACAUCCAUCGUCCCUGUACCGACCAGCAACACUAGCCAAGCAGCGUUGUUAACAUCGUCGACAUCUCCUAUUCCAACGAGUGCUUCGGUAUCCACACAAAUCUCAUCAUCAGCAGUGCAAGAGAUUCCACAGCUUUCUUCCACAACCAAAAUCUCAUCUAGUGUUGUUCCUACAGCUACCCCUUCUACUCAGGCACCUUCUAUUGCAACAUCGCAAAGUCAAAAUCAGACUCCUACUCCCAAGUCUUCUCCAUCUGAAGUUUCUGCGGCACCUGAAACUGAAGCCAUCUUUCCAACUUCACCCCUUACACCGCAGAAACAGCCAUCGCCCACCACUUCAUCUCAAUCAAUAUCCCCAGCAGCUCAACCCACCGACAAUUCAGUCCAGGAGCCGCAGAUUUUCAGUGCCGCAGACGUUGCUCAGCCUUCCGAGACCUCGGUUUCUUCCUCUUCUGAUUCUAUUCCCAAAGCUUCUUCCACAGCAUCAAUACAGGGAGGCAAUGGGUUUUCAGCCCAGGAGGUCAGCCAGCCGACAAAUGUAGCUGUAUCUGCAGCUGGAGGAAAUGCAGCUUCGAGUUCGCCAGCUUCGAGUUCGCCAGCUUCGACACCUACUUCAGUGGCCAGCUCUGCGUCACCCGUUGUCCAGGUGUCUGUGGCUGCGCCCUCCUCUAUAUCAGCAUCUUUACCGGCUUCUCUUAUUAUUGCUGCACCGAUUUCUACGCCGCUUUCCGCAUCCACCGGGGUAGUGAGCGGGUCUAUACCAAGCGGAACACAGUCAAACGUGAUUGCACAUGCCACAUCUCUCAUAUCAGGUUCAUCAGAUGGCAUCGGGGCUGUUCCAACUGCUACCAGUACUUCUCCAAGCAGCCUGAGCGGAAACAUCAUAUCGGGAGACAGCCAGCCUACUGGGCAAACAAUAGCGGACCCCGUGAGCCCAAGCACAAAUCCAUCGACUGCCACCAUUGUUGGCGGCACCGUGGGUGGUAUAGCCGCCGCCGCGUUUCUUGUAGUCUUAUUAUGGCUCUUACGAAGAAAAUUAACGAGUCGCAAAUCGCAAGAACCGAGCAAAGGGGGCUCCUCCAAGCCAAUGGCACAGAAACUUGGCAUUGCAACGACCCUGGGUGCUGUCAAGCAAAACUUCAGUGGGAAAUUAGGUUCUAGCAAUGUCAACAUGAACAGAGGAAAUUAUCAGUUCCUCGACGCUGUCACAGUUGAACCGAUGAAAACACCAACUUACGUCAAAUCUCAAAACCCCCCUGCGGCCGCCCGCAAAGCACCAUCAAAGGCACGUAAACUAGGUCUUAGCUUUGACCAUGGCAAGCUAUUCAACCCAUUUUCAGACGCCAAUGCUUUAAUGUCCGGCAAGAUACCGCCGCCUUCGAGCUCCGUUUUAGCGAACCCUUUCACCGACGAUAACAUGGUAUUGCCUCCUCCGGUCUCUACUUCGAACCGCCGCCGCUCGAGAGGACGAUCGCUUGGUGGCAUCAAAAGCUUCCAAACUCCAGCGGUUCCUCCCCGGCCACACUCUGUGCACCGGGAGUCGCUGCAAAGCAACAAUUCAUUUGCGCAGCGUCGUGAUAAAUUCCGGUCUGAUCCAUUUGACCUAGAGCUGGAGAGUCGAUUAGCCCCGCCAAGAAACACAGCUUCAAGCCGAGGCAGCUCUGUGUAUAGCAGCAACCAGCUCCUGGAGGAUAACCGCGACAGCUAUACGUCCAGAUACAUCAGUGGCUCCAGUCUCGGUGACUGGGCCAACGGCCACCCGAAUGCUGGCGCUGGGGAUGCAGCAGGAAGGCGAGAUAGCCCUACCCUCUCAUGAGAGGCGGCUUCAGUGAGGGUUUAGAAAAUACGAAACGCAGAAGCAAGAAGGACGAGAUCAGUGAUGUUGGAAAAAAAAAUUGCAGACAUUUCGGCGGAAGGGCUUUCCUACUUGGCACGUUAUGUCUGUCGUUCACUGCUGGCCAAUAUUCAGUGAAGGCAGACACUGCGUGGAAGUAAAAAGCCGGGUAAAAGAUACAAAGUAUAUAAGCAUGUAUGACAUUUGCCCACAGAAAAGGAUAACUACCUAUGAAUAUAGACGACUUGGACGAAAGAAAAAAAAAAGAAGUUAAAGAGACUGGCUAAAAAUAAUAUCUUGGCUCCACAGCCCAUGUGGCAUUGAUGCAUGAUAGAUCAGUCCAAAUCGCAAAAGACCCAUCAGCGGGAACGUGGUGCCAAAAGGCUGCACUUAAAAAAUUCCAGGGUAAGCAGCUCUCUCACGCACUUGCUUUCGUGAUCCAAAACCACUCUCAGAUGGAUAUCGAGAAUAAUAAUCCUUUUCUAAAAACGUGUGUCCACAAGUAGCUGAAGAAAAUAGCAAAUCACCUGCUGAACGAACACACUUCCACGUAAAAAAUCAAAAUCAUCCUCUUCACACCCUCACCUUUCACUAGAGCUUCCCCCAGUGGCUUAGAAAAGCUCCCAGCUCGCUAGUGCGCCACGCCCACCAUCCAAUCAGAUCGUCAAUCAUGGCUGUAAAUUGACUUUCCCGAUCCCCAAGAAAACGCGACCAAGACGCGGACUGGAAGCAUAAAGAGCUCCGCGCCACCAUUAGCUAGGCGCUUUUCAGCCACUGGACGCGUGAAACUCAUCAAGAUGAACCGCGUUUUUUGUGUGCAUGCAAGUUACAUGCGCGCAUAAGAAAAGGUCGCCCAAACUUUUUACAACUUUCAAAGUAAGCACACCGCGGUCAUUGCCUACCAAGUUAUUAAGGCGCCGGGCCAACAGGACACGGUCAAUACGAACACAACAUAACACGAAAAAAAAAAGGUAAAAGUGAGAUACGAGAUAAUCACUAUCAUUGACGCGACUAACUACUGUCACAAUUUGUUUCUGGCCACGGCCAUCAAGGCCUGCCUGGCAUCAUACCAGGGAUUAUUCUUUCAUCCAACCAUCCCGUUCGUACCCUACAUCCACCAAAGAUCCACUGCUGUACACCGCCAGAGGGAGCAACAAC